AUGUGGCAUUGUGGACGCAGGAGGACGUGGAGGAGUGGAUGUAGAGGAAAGCAAUCUAUCUCUGAGGAGAUGAUAUUUAACAACCAAGCGUUCUAUAAAGCUUGUUCCUAUUAUAACAUUCUGCCUGACAAGUUCCUGGAUCUUAUUGAAUCUGAACGCAUUAUCUUUGUCAUGCGAGCACUGGAAGACUGGUCAGCGACUGUCGCGUCUGAAAAUGUGCCUCAGACUUCCGCAACGGCCAGUUACGAGAGCCGGAAAGGCUGGCUUCCAAUAACCUUGCAGCGCCCUUAUUUGCUCUUCCUUUCUGCCAUCCUGCUUGUGUUGGCAGUAGGCAUCGAGGCCCUCCGCCAGUACUCAAUUCAACCUGGUAUUGUUAUAUACAAGCGAAAGGAAGACAUUUUGUCAGAUGCUUGGCGAGCAUGGACAAAUCUGCCUACCAUUCUGGCCGUGUUCGUCACAGUCCUCUGGGAAGCCUGCUCCCAGGAUAUCCUGCGCUUGGAGCCAUAUUUUCAAUUGUCUAGGGCUUGUGGUGCUCCUGCUGCUGUUCUCUUUGUCACUUAUCACCUUGAUAAUACGUUUCUUGCCGUCAUUCGCGCCGCUCGGAACCGGCACUGGAUCGUGCUAUGUGUCUCGUUCAUGUCUCUUCUCAUGCGUAUUCUUGUCCCUUCUCUAUCCUCUGGGCUCUUUCUACUUGACCGCAUUACUCUGGUUGAAACGAGAACAGUGGACACCUGGCCGUACCUGGUCGAUCGGGACACUCAGGAACGGUGGUUUUCGGCUGCAACCGCAUACGGGAACAUGGGGACGGGACUCCCGGAUACUGCUUUCGAGCCGCAUCGCUCUUCUAGAUAUGCCAUUGGCCCGUUAUCAAAUCCUUUGGAUUACGGGGAUGUGCUAUCUACUUUGACCUUGAACCAGUCUGUCUACUGGUCAAGUAUGAUCUGCACGAAUGUAACAUUGACCAGAGAAGUGCCCGCAACUACUCCUAGUCCUGACCUGACAUUAGAUCUAAAAGGCAACCGUGAAUUUUCCUGGAAUCUGCGCGGCAUUACACUGCCAGAAGGAGGGGUGGCCUCAGGCUGUGUCGUCAGCAUGGAGAUAGACACCUUUGUUUCGCCCUUGGCUGGGCGCUUUCAAGCACGAUAUUGGGAGUCCCUGCAUGCCGGUGCAGGAUCGCCCAUCCUAUCCGUAUUUACCUUCAAUAACUGUUCUUUCGCACUGGUUGGCGUGAUUCUCAACAUCGAGGAUACGCCAGAGACAUCGCUGCAGUCCAACAUAACUGUGUUCGCUUGUGAACCACUGUAUCAACAGGCAACCGCUAAUGUGUCGCGCACAUGGGACUCGACUAUCACUGACGUUCAGAUAAUGUCCUCGACCGUGAAAGACCUCACUGGCAGCGAAUUCAGCAAGGAGGGGUUCAAGCGUCUAAUGUCCUCGGGUCGCACACCAACAGAUGGUCAUCAGGUACUUGGCGGGCUUCGAACUGGCGAAACCGCCACCCAAUCUGGCAGAGGGACCGAUCGAUCUCGCGUGGCUGUUGUUGCUGAUUCAGACAUUCUUCAUCUCAUGCAGUACCAGGAAAGGGUCUCCAACCUGUGGAACGCUGCGUUUGUUACCACCAUCGACAGAUUCUUUGACCCUGCGGCGCAGAGAUCUCAUGUCGAAGCGCAACAAGUAAGGACGGCACUGGCGCUGACAGUGGUGCCCCAGGCUGCUCUGGUUGUCGAGAGCAUCCUUUUUUUAGGCUGCCUCUUACUGUUGUCUCUGAGCCGUAUAUAUCCCCGUCGUCCCAAUAUCCUUCUGGAGGAUCCUAGCUCGAUUGUCGCGCAAUGCGCCUGCAUUGCUCGUCUGAUCUGUCCGAAGACCCUUCAAGCUCUUAACCAUCCGGGAUACCAUCUGGCAAAAACCCGCGAGCUUCGGCGAUGGGCCAAAGGGUUCUGGUGCGGAUGGAGAUUCGGGACUCGAGGCCCACAGAUUGGAAUAUUCUCGCGAGAUGGGCGUCACGUACAGAUGUGUCCUCCUCCGAGCACCGCAGGACGGUCAGAUCCAAUGCCGCACUUUUUGACGGCUCCGUGGUUUGCAAUUGAAGGCAUCUUCCUCAUUGGCUCGGUCGCUGCAUUUGCACUGGCAUUGAAAUUCAUGCAGUCCCAAAAAUUAGACUCGUCCACAUCGACCGAAAUUGUGAUAUGGUCUACUUUCUUAAUUUAUGCACCCACCAUUCUUUCUACUAUGAUACGUUCCUUCAUGAACUCCGUUCAUCGCCAGUUCAGCAUUGCAGAGCCUUGGAUUCGCCUACGGAGAGGCACGGUCUCUCCAGAGGUGCUGGUAACCUCGAGCUAUGGUGCCCCAACGACAAUCGUCGUGACCCUGAGACGAGGUUUCCGGUUUUCACCCGCUAUGAUGGCCCUAUCGUUUGUUUGUCUGCUCAAUUCGGCUCUUGUUAUUGUCAGUGGUGGUAUAUACGAACCACAGGUUGAUAAAUAUUCCACCCUCAAACCUAACCUUACCAGCUCAUAUAAUUCCUCGAUGUUCUUGAGACAGGGACCGGGAAUUGACUUUACAGGCUACGACUCGGCAGUCUACAGCUCAGCGAUGAACCAAUCGUCGGCACCAUGGAGCACGACAGACCUCACAUUCCUGCCGCUGGCUACUGAUGAGCUUGAUGACACCACCGAUGUUCUUUAUACAGCCGUCACGCGCGGUAUUGAGACCCAUCUCGACUGUCAAGUAGUUUCACAUGUCGAUGCAUUCACUGACUAUGAAUCCCGAACGGUAAACUGGACAUAUUCUCCAUUCGAUAGUCCGAACAACGUUCUAUGCAACAUACGACUGCCGCUAGACGACAGCGGAGAAAAUACAGACAAAGGAUCAGUUCGUUACAUCUGGCCCGAUGAUGCUGACCCACGUUGUCAAAGAUUGACAUUCUUCGUCUUCACCUCCUGGGCUAGAAAUGCUUCAGCACCAUUGGAUCAGGACAACUCACCGACAUUACAUUGUGAGCCGAGAAUAAGUAUUCAGGAUUUUCACGUCCAAUUCGAUCACCGUGGAGUGAUUCAACGCUACGAACAAGUUGCUAGUAGCUCCAUCACAAGCGGGCCAUUCUUUAAGAACGCGUCCGAGGCACUUGGAGAUUUUAAUCAGGGCCUGGGUCGCUUCCUCCAGCAUCUUCAUCCGCACGGACACAAAGCUUUGUACCGGCCCUCCGCUCUGGAGCGUAAGACUGCCCAAGUAUACAACGAAAUGAAGCAUGACAUUAUGGAUUCCCAUGAUAGUGCCUGGAUUGGAGCCGUGCAGUCUGUCUACCAAACGGUCUUCAGCAACUAUCUGGCCCUGAGAAGAGAUCAGUUUUUACGCCGAUUGGAUCCCAGUGCAGCUACGCCGGUGGAUGGGACUGCCACGUAUACAAUAUGGGGGUUGAUACCAUCCAAGUCGCGUAUGAUCGUCAUUAUCACACUGAUCUCCGUCGACGUACUUGCGCUCUCGGCAGUUUUCCUGCUGUAUCGCGGACCGUACGGUGCACCGCGCAUUCCUAGGUCGCUGGGGUCUCUUAUCCCAUGGGUCGCGCAGAGCCGCAUGUUGCAUGAACUUACGGAAACUUCUGAUAUGGAUGAUAAGCAGAGGGAGAGGUUUCUGCAGCAGGGGGGGCGUCAAUAUCAUUUUUGGCCAUUUUCAAAUGCAGACUCCGAGAAAUUGGCUUAUGCGUCUGAAUACUAG